AUGGAUGAAGAAGACCAUGAUGAUAAUAAUGACGACGAUAAAAGUAAUCUCAACCUGAUUCCAACCACAUUUCGCAGAAGGUCCACUUCAAUUGGCGGGGAUCAAGGACCAGAUUCCCUCUUGGUACUCUGCGAGUGGUUUCGAGAGCUAGUCUUCUCGCAUGAAAGUAAAUACAACAAUUCGGUUCAUGUUGACUCUUUGCAGGAGUUACUACAUGACUUGUGCAUUAACGUGCAGACCUUGGACGCUCCAUUUCUCAGCCAAUCCGACCAGAGCCUUAUUCAACUUCCUCCAAAACAGUUUGUUCUGUGGUUUCAAGAACAUUUCUUCCAGAAUGCGGAUCACAUCACCGAUAUAUUUGUCAAGUCCAGUUAUCUCCUGGCCUUGGAAGAUCUGUACGGGCGAGAAGAAUCUCUGGACAGCUCCGAUGAGUCGUGGGCAGUCUGCUUUCAAACAAUCGUCCUCCUUUCUCUAGGACCAGACCUCCUCAGUCCUAGCAGCCACCCACUGAUUGCACCUGAAUUCUUGCUUUCAUACCACUCCAUGGUGCAGCAGUGGCUGAACAAAACUCAAAACGUUCUGGUGCCAAGAUUGAUCAAUAUACAGGUUCUGAUUCUCUUGAGUGUCGCAGCUCGUCAGCACUUUCCUCUAGGAUUUGCGGAGACCAUGCUUUCACAGGCUUGCGUUCUGGCCAAAACCAUGGGUCUGCACCAUGUCUCUUCGUAUCCGCAGCAAGACGGCGAUCAAGAUCCGGAAAUUCAGGAACGGUUGAAAGUGUUCCGCUCCUUGUAUGUGCAAGACAAGGACUUUGCACUUCUCCGGGGAUCGGUCUGUUGGCUCCCCUAG